GACAGUUUCUUCCAGGUUCAAGCUCCUGAUACUUGCAUCUCGAGCCGUGGAAGGGUUGAGGAUGUUGUCACGAUCUCCGGCCGCAAGGGCGACCCGGUCCCAUCCCCAUGGCCUCUUACGCACGGCUGCACCCAGGUCGCCGCCAACCGGUUCGCAGCCACUCCGCCGCGGAGCUGCGAGCUUCAUAGCUGGGCGCCCACGAACCUCGAUUGCCCGCAAGGCUCUUCCGUCGGCCUCGCACUUGGAAACCCUGCUCAGGGAAGCUACAUAUAUUCGUUCUCAGAAAUGGCUGCACGGGCGGAGGUAUUCCUCCACGUCGCCUACGGAGACCGAUCCCAGCACGAAGCGGAAGGAUACUAUCUACACCUUGAUCGAUGAAAUCAACCAAAAUGAUACGGAGAUGGCUGAACUUAUGCACGACCUAGGUCUACUGGAUGAUCAUGAGAAAGCUCUCAACCUCGAAGGAAUAAAUUUCGACCAUGCACUAAGUCAGACGAUUGGCCAUCGGGACGAAGAGACCUUGGAAGCGCGGGUGCAACAAGCGAGGCAAGAGUUCGGAGAAUAUCUUCCGGAGGGGCACCUGAACGAUACAGAAACUCGGCUUUACACCCGAUUGUAUGGCGAACCGGUCGUUCUCGCGCCAGAAUCCGAGGUUGACGCUUUGGAGGAAGAGGAGGAGGAUAUAGAUUCGGAUAAACUUUACCGUUUCGACGGCGAGGCUGGCUGGGAAGAGGUCGAGUUGGACGAGCCUGAAACUCACGAUGAGCCUCCGUUGGUCUACGAUAUGGAAGCUGAACUGCCAAUUGAUGAAACGGUUGCGAUGCAAAGGACGCGGGAAGUCGCUGAACAGCUUGGGGGAGAGAUCAUGCUAGAGCAGUUCAGAGAUGAGGCAGCGCCUGAUUCGACUCCCAGAUUUCAUCCUUUGACCACAAUGGGCAAAUUCUCUACCGAUCCCAGCACUAUAUUUCCACCGAAGAACACACUCACGGGCCCUGUCUCUGUCAUUUUGUCGGAUUUCUCUAACAAGCACGUCGCAGAAACCGCCCAUCGCGUAUUUGGCGGCAGGUUCCUCCCUCUUUCCACUACAACUCCACCCCCUCGCAUGCUUGUUCCUCAACAGCCAAUCCCUCUUGAAGCGUCGCAGCGUUUCAUGACCGAGAUGGAAUCCAAUGUUUACCUUGCCGCCCUCUACCCCGCAAUGUAUGCAUCUGCCUUGAGUGUGCUGGUGGAGGUUAGAAAGCGCCUGGGUACGGAGUGGAUUCGGAAUCUGAUGGCACAAGAAGAUGGUCCUCAUAUCCUCGAUGUCAGCGCUGGAGGUGCAGGUGUCUUGGCGUGGAGAGAUGUUCUUCGUGCUGAGUGGGAAGCCAUGGUGCCAGAUGCUCGUCCAGAGGAUCCUUGUCCUGUGGGCCGGUCAACGGUCGUUGUUGGGUCCGAUUCCCUUCGUCUCCGUGCGAGCGCGAUGCUAGAGGACACGAGCUUCCUCCCACGGCUGCCUGACUACGUGCAUGUCCGAGAAAAACCCACCUUGGAAGACGAGAGAGCUCCGCCAAAACGGAAACAGUACGACGUGAUUAUUGCUCCACACUCAUUGCUCGGAAUUGAAGAGGAGUACCUCCGAAAGGAACACGUACAGAACUUGUGGAACCUCCUCAACCCUAACGGAGGUGUCCUCAUCCUUCUUGAGAAGGGACACCAAAAGGGCUUCGAGGCGAUUGCCGGGGCCCGUGAGAUGCUACUGAAGCGAUUCGUCUCCAGCCCCGGGUCCACCAACUACGAGAAUUUCCUAGAAUCCCCCGAAGAAGAAGCAUUCAUCGAGAAAGAACCCGGCAUGAUCGUUGCUCCUUGCACUAACCACAACAAAUGUCCAAUGUACCAGACGCCGGGCCAUGCCAAGGGCCGUAAAGAUUAUUGUCAUUUCCAGCAACGCUAUAUCAGACCGCCGUUCCUACAGCGCAUUGUCGGCGCUAAGGACCGAAAUCACGAGGAUCUGAAAUUUAGUUACGUCGCUGUCCAGCGCGGUGUCGACCGGCGGGUCGAAGACGGAAUUGUACAGGGUCCCGAAGCUACCGAUGCAGCCUUUGCCGGAUACGAGCAUGCUGUCGAGAUGCCGAAUGAAGGCGUUGAAGCAUCAGAUGAAGCCGUUGCAUCCGAAACGCAGUCUUCUGCCGAAGCAGAAGCCGGCGUCAACAUGCUUUCACUCCCUCGUGUUGUCUUUCAACCCAUGAAACGCCGUGGCCAUGUCACCUUCGACGUUUGCACGCCGGCCGGCAAGAUGGAGCGGUGGACCGUCCCUCGCUCAUUCAGUCGACAAGCAUACAAGGACGCGCGCAAGGCCCAAUGGGGAGACCUGUGGGCACUCGGUGCGAAGACUCGCAUUCAUAGGAAAGUAAGAAUCGGCGACAAGCAUGGCGAGAGCAAGAAGGAACGUCUGGCAAAACGGGCCGCUGCGAAAGAGGAGCGGGACGAAGAGGACGCAUUAGAGGAGGAGACUGAGCCGAUUGGAUUGUCCGACAUUGAGACUCCAGUUAAGAAGCAAGGGCAAAAGAUUCCCAGUUGGGUGAAGCAUCAGCACAAGAAGAAACGCAGACAAGCGUUGAAGCAGAUAAAACCAACAUCCUAAUCCUAUAGAUCUAGGUUGGUUUGGUUCAUUUGGUGUAUGGCGUCACAUGUGGCGCAUAAGGAUUGAAUUGUGCUUCUGGCUAGGAGCAUUUGUUGAUGUCAUUGUAUUAUACUUGUACGAUAUAUGAGAUGUUGUAUAGACCAUAACUACCGGUUGCGAAAGAGCUCUUCACUCAAUACAUCUCCUUUAU